GCCUCGCCGCCAUCUUGGCCGCUGCCCCGGGAGCGGGACGCGCCGCGCCGGGGGAGAAAAUGAUCCACAGCCUGUUUCUUAUAAACUGUUCUGGUGAUAUAUUCCUGGAGAAGCACUGGAAGAGCGUUGUGAGCCAGUCUGUGUGUGAUUAUUUCUUCGAAGCUCAGGAGAAAGCAGUCGAUGUCGAGAACGUGCCUCCUGUCAUCUCCACGCCACAUCACUACCUCAUCAGCAUCUAUCGCGAUAAAAUCUUCUUUGUGUCUGUCAUACAGACAGAAGUGCCACCGCUCUUCGUAAUUGAAUUUCUGCACCGAGUAGCAGAUACUUUUCAGGAUUACUUCGGCGAAUGUUCUGAGACUGCGAUUAAGGACAAUGUGGUCAUUGUGUACGAGCUGCUGGAAGAAAUGUUAGACAACGGCUUUCCACUGGCAACAGAAUCCAACAUACUGAAGGAGCUGAUCAAGCCUCCCACAAUUCUGCGUUCCGUUGUCAACUCCAUCACAGGCAGCAGUAAUGUGGGUGACACCCUUCCCACCGGACAGCUGUCCAACAUUCCUUGGCGCAGAGCGGGCGUAAAAUACACAAACAAUGAAGCCUACUUUGAUGUCAUUGAAGAAAUUGAUGCGAUUAUAGACAAAUCAGGUUCCACAGUCUUUGCAGAAAUCCAAGGUGUUAUUGAUUCGUGUAUUAAGCUCUCAGGAAUGCCAGAUCUUUCUCUUUCUUUCAUGAACCCCAGGCUGCUGGAUGACGUCAGCUUCCAUCCGUGUAUUCGAUUCAAACGCUGGGAGUCUGAAAGAGUGCUGUCGUUUAUUCCUCCAGAUGGGAAUUUCAGACUGAUCUCCUACCGUGUCAGCUCACAGAACUUGGUGGCAAUUCCUGUGUACGUGAAGCAUUUGAUCAGUUUUAAGGAGAACAGUUCUUCGGGAAGAUUUGAUGUUACCAUUGGACCAAAACAGAAUAUGGGGAAAACAGUAGAAGGAGUUGUCAUGACAGUUCACAUGCCAAAAGCAGUACUUAAUAUGAACCUCACUGCUACACAAGGCAGCUAUACAUUUGAUCCAGUUACUAAGGUGUUAACAUGGGAUGUUGGCAAAAUUACCCCUCAAAAGCUGCCAAAUCUGAAGGGAAUAGUGAACCUGCAGUCUGGAGCCCCUAAGCCUGAAGAGAAUCCAAGUUUAAAUAUCCAGUUUAAGAUACAACAGCUUGCAAUUUCAGGACUGAAAGUAAAUCGCCUGGACAUGUACGGAGAAAAAUACAAGCCUUUUAAAGGUGUCAAAUACAUUACAAAAGCAGGAAAAUUUCAAGUCAGGACAUGAGAAGAUGGUCAACUUCUAAGAGGAAAUUCCCCUUAAACGUUAAAAAUGACUGCUUAGUGACUUAUGUUGCUAGUAGGUGCCAAUUAAUUAAUAGAUACUGAUUAGUUUGGGAUCAAAGCAAUUGUGCACUGCAGCUCUUAAAAUGAAAGCGUAGCUUAGUUUCUCCUAUUAUGGCUUUAAAAUGAGGUACCUUUUUUCUAAUACACCUUCACUUUUUUUUAACUGACUUGUCGUGCUGGUGAAUUGUUUGGUACAGGUGAGCCACAAAACGUCUCAAACACUACACUGCCAAAUACCAAAGCCCAGAGGCCAAGCACAUUAGGAAGGCCAGACAGGCCAUUGGGGAAGUGGUGUGGUGGCACAUUCUGCUGCUGUAGCUGCCUGCAGAGAAAGCUGGGCUUUUCUCACAGCCAGCUGCCAGUUGGCAUUUCACAAUGCAUCAUGCAGUCCCUUCAGAAACAGAGCAGAAACGCAAGGGGCAGGGGUCCCAUAGGGGCCUGGGACAGAGCAAAUGUCACUCCUAAGAAAGAGCUUCUGAUGAAGACACAAUGUUUUCCUUGCUGUUUACAAGAAAUCGCCUUUCUUAAGAAGCGUUUGCCUUAAUCAGCUUUCAUUUGUGCCAUCUGCAGAUGAGCUGGUAAAAAUAACAUUCUGCAUUAAAUUGGGGAGGUGUUGCUGCUUCAAUAAUCCACUUUCUUUCCAUUUUAUCUCACCAUCGUCAUUUUUUUUAAGAAUACAGUUGCAGAGAGUAAGAUCUAUUUUUUAUGUGAGACCUUUGCUUUGGUUUUGAUGUUCCACUUUGUUUUGAGUGGAUGCCACCAGAUUCGUGCCGUGUGUGUAUUGGAGUGUAGCUUUUUAGAUAGCACAAUACAAGUGUCAAGUAUAUUUAAUGGUUGUGUGCUUUAAUGUUAUGAAAUAAAGGGAACUCUGCUGCAAA